AUGCUUAACAAGGAGUUUGUGUUUUAUGGGCUUACGGCAGCAGUGUCCCUAGUGACAGUAUUACUAACACGUAGCAGGUUGCAGCAGGAUCUGGCGGACAUGCGAUGGUCCCUUACAGUCCACUCUCUGACCGUUCAAGAUACCUUCGGAAAACCCGUGCAACUACAAAGUUUUGCCGGCCAAGUGUUGCUCAUCGUAAAUAUUGCUUCCAGAUGUGGACUCACUUCCUCACAAUACGAUGGCCUCCAAAAAUUAUUGGAGGAGUACGAGGAUUAUGGAUUGAGUAUCCUUAACUUUCCGUGCAACCAAUUUGGUGGUCAGAUGCCGGAGAUGUUGGAUCACCUUCGCAAGGAAGGCGCCAAUAUAGGGCAUCUCUUUGCCAAGAUAGAUGUUAAAGGACCUCAGGCAGAUCCACUCUACAAACUCCUAACUCACCACCAGCCCGGUAUCGAGUGGAAUUUCGUCAAGUUUCUGGUGGAUCGCCAGGGGAAAAUCCACAAGAGAUAUGGCUCUGAGCUGGAACCAGUUGCCCUGGUCGAUGACAUAGAGCUUCUGCUCGCCAGAUGAGUUCGAAUAAAUUGCGCAACAUGCGCGUUUUGGCUCAAUGGCACUCAUAA